AUGAAGAGCAAUCAGGUGAUAUCUUUUUCUUAUGGUGGUGUCACUGUGAGUGCCUCCGAUAUCAGCAAAGAACAAAAUUCUGGGGUGAACACUUCACGCAACAUCUCCUUUGAUCGGAGGUCGGAUCGUUUCCGAACGUCAUCGGAAGGAUUUCGGGUCCUGGGUGCGAAUGACCGAACACUGUCGAAGAAAUCCGAUGUAUCUGUGAAUUCGUCAGUCUCUGUCAGGCGACCUCUUCCACCGUUGGUGAAGAACAACACUUGCAAAAGAUCAAGAAGAGAGUUGCCGUCAUAUUUCCCCCUCGUAGUACCAAAGCCUGUUCUGCCACCGAUCAACCGAAAACACACGAACCUUUCUCGAUUCGGGGAAGAGGAUAAUGGAAAUGGUUUUCAUUCUGAGGACAGCGAGCCUCAAAAUCGACCAGUAACCAUGGCAACCAAACCUAUUCUCAAUGACGACACAGGCGAUGCAUUGGACGGGGAGUGUUUUCUUCCCCAAUGGGCUUCCACUCCUAAGAAUUCUCAAACAACAUUACGUUCUAAGAAAAGUCGGCCCCUUCCGACACCUAUCGAUGUGGUAUUUCGGCAAUCUUCGGGCACUUCCGAUCAGGAUACACAUUCAUCAUCGUUUACGAAGGCACUGAGCACAUGCGUAACAUGCGACAUCCAUGACGAAGGAGUUCGGCCAACCGGGAAAAGGGAACGUCGAAGAUUAGGCCGCGAUAAAACUCAAGAGUGGUUAAAAUCGUCGGAUUUUGCAUUGAAGACUGCAGACGACGAAGCACUGUCGUCGUUCGAGACCGGAAGCUUCCAGACACUAUCGUCCGUCACAUUCAGUGCCGAUCGUCCACCGAAAGACUGCAAUAAACCAAAGAGUACAGAUCAUCAGCUCAGAAAGAUUGUUAGUAGCCUGAAUGCACUGAAACCACCUCCUUUGCCGUUUCGGAUCGUCGUCCACGAGCGCAUCAUCAAGUUCAGUGUCGAUCUGCAGUUCCGCGUCCAGUUCAUCAAAGAUUGGUGGCGGGAAAUCAGGUUUCCUCGGUUGCCAACGCCAAAGAUAACCAUCGACAUCGACUUCGCCACGUUCACUCAGCUCAGAGAAACACUUAGGCAGUUUUGCGCUCGACUUCGAGAGAGUUUAAGAUACCCCAAACCGAUAAUCCUCGACCCUCCGCCGAGGUAUGUCCACAUCCCGCCAUCCGCAGUUAAUCUUCACGACGCUGCGUUGAUAACCGACGAACGCAAGAGACGCAAACUCAUGCAGUCGCUCCUGCAAUAUGAUGAAACACCCGGAUGCUCUCCUCUCCGAGCUGACGUCACAAUGGUUGAUGAUGAUCUCGAGGACAAGGGGCCUCGAUGCGUCCUCAAGGACAGGAAUGAACGUUAUGUUAAAACCGGUAAAGGGCUUCAUGUUACUUUUGUAGACGAGCAGCAGGAAGAUGAUGAGGGUUCGUCACCACGCAAAGCCCCAAGAAUUAAAGAUGGGAAACCAAUGCCUGUGACGAAAAAUGAACAAGUAUCGGAGAAACAAUUCAACAGCGCGAGGAAAAGACUGGCAGCGAUGUUGGAAAAGCUAGACGAUCCUUCUUGGUAUCAGUGAAACCUGGAUUAAA